CUGAAAACUCUGACGUGUCAAAUUGUAGCCAUUUUCCUGUAAAGGAGGAAACGCCUUGAGGAAAGAAAACGCUCAACGACUAAGUAGGGAGACUAAUUUAUUCAAAAUAUUUUGAGGGGCUACACUUUAUUUUUUUAGUUUAUUUACUUUUUGGACGAAAGUGGUUUCCCCAUCUUGCGCCGUCAUGGGGAAUAUGUUUGCAGGACUCUUUAAAAUGUUUGGGAAGAAGGAGAUGAGGAUACUCAUGGUGGGUUUGGAUGCUGCAGGAAAGACAACUAUUUUGUACAAACUUAAACUUGGAGAGAUUGUGACGACCAUCCCCACAAUAGGUUUCAAUGUAGAGACUGUAGAGUACAAGAACAUCAGUUUUACAGUUUGGGACGUUGGUGGUCAAGAUAAAAUCCGACCACUGUGGCGUCAUUAUUUCCAGAACACACAAGGUCUCAUCUUUGUUGUGGAUAGUAAUGACAGAGAGAGAUGUGCCGAGGCCCGAGAAGAGCUCGUAAGAAUGUUGGCUGAGGACGAGCUCCGUGAUGCUGUGCUUUUAGUGUUUGCUAACAAACAGGACCUCCCUAAUGCCAUGAAUGCUGCAGAACUCACAGACAAACUUCAGCUUCACUCGCUGCGUAGCAGGAACUGGUACAUCCAGGCAACCUGUGCCACCACUGGAGACGGUCUCUAUGAAGGACUUGAUUGGUUAUCUAAUCAGCUCAAGAACCAUUAACGAUCACAAAACCUUGGAAGUUGAUCUUUUCAGAUGAAAAAUAAGUUCCUCUAUGGUAACAAUCUUUAAGUUUGAUACACAGGCCUGUGGUGGGGCUGAUCUAAUCAUGUAAAGCUUAUUAUGCUUUUAUUUUAUUUCCCUGUAAAUAAAUUUUGGGUGUAGGGGAACUUAUUUUACUCUUUAAAGUCGUGGUGGUUCUCUUACUGGCUUGGGUGACUUUUGAUUAAUAAUAAUAAUAAAAAGGGGGAGAAAAUUGUUUUUUUUACAGCACACUUUGACCUCAGAAGCUCAAUGCAGUCAUAUAAUUUUUCUGGUUGUGCACUGUAGGGAGUGAUCAACGAGGGGCUUCUUAAACUAUACUGACUUAUCUAUUGAUGCACUACUUGUAGCUUUUAUAACUUGUUCCUGACUACAUGCAAGAACUGUGAAAUUACCAUCUGGUACAAUAUUUACUGUUUGUACUGACAUCACUCCAGUUGUGAAUACUUAUCAGCUUUUGUUUCAAAAUAUGUUGUUAAUAAAAAUGCUGCAGGGAUUGCACAUUUUCCUGUUCUGUUACAAAGGAACAGGAAGUUAAGUCAUCUCUGCCGCUUAAUUGGAUUUGAUUUUUGCAUGUUCAGGAGUCUGGUUGGCCUUUUGGAAUACACAUAUCUGUGUUUACAUCAGUAGGCAAAAUAAACUACUUACCCCACUGAGUAUUUAUUUCUGUAACUCUACUGUUUAAUUUUAUGAGCAGUAACGAGUUAUUAAAGGCACUUAUUUUUUUAAUUUGAGCUCAGCCUGGGAAAUCUUGUCUAAGCAAGACCAAAAAUCAAUUACACUUUGCAAAGUGCUGUUAAGUUUGCUGCAAACAAAAGGCCAAAUGCCUUUUUUUUUUUUUAGUUCAGGACACAUUGCCUCUACUUUUUUCUAGAAAUAUCUAAAGAUUGCCGGUUUGUCUUUAUGUUUGCAUGUUCAUUCCUUGAGUUGUUCAACAUUUUGAUUUUGAGCUUUUGUUUGUGUGAGGUGGAAAUCACUGCCAAUAAAAAAAAAAAUUACAAAGA